AUGCGCAGACCGAGGUUUCGGAGGACCUCUUCCUCAAGGACUCCUUCCUGGAGGUCCAGCGAGCCCGACUACGUCAUGCCUGCCGCCCCAAGCCCAACACAGAUGUCGUUCCGGAACAGAGACACGGGCUUUCCGGAGCCAUUCUGCGGGUGUCGGAAUACAUCACUACCGCACCCCGAAGCAAAUCUCAGUCCCGACGCUUGCAUCACUGAGGAAGAUGUCAACCCGGCGCGCGCGCUCAUCAGAUACCGGAUGACGUUCAAGGCCAGGCAGGGGUUUCGGGACGGCUCACCAAACAGACGCGAUCGAAGACCCAGUUACUCAUCUGAAGAAGGAACCUUCGCCGCCCUUGGCCGGUUCGCAAUCAACUCGCUUCGAACUGCGGAAAUUCCCGGAUUCGAUGCGUUUCUCUCCUCGUCAAAGGACGAGGAGAGUAUUAUUGAGUCGUCGGACGGAAUGAGCAGCAAAAGUCCUGAUUCGCCGCUACAGCCCGGGAAAGAGUAUGGUCAGGCCUUUGACCCACGAGACGCGACGCGGGAUCGUCGACGAGGGCGGCGCAGAGGAAGCUUCAUUAGCAGGCUGGUGCCGAGGUAG